AUGAAGUUCUUGCAAGUCACCUCCCUCCUGACGCUGCUUGCAGCAUCGGCCUCGGCCUUGCCGACAGCCCCGGCUCCGGACGCCUUGAAGGCUCGCACUGCGGCGUUGACGGGAGCUGCGAAGCGGUCUCCCGAGAUGGACAUCUACCAUGCUACUGCAAAGAGAUCCCCGGAGAUGGACAUCUAUCAUGCUACUGCAAAGAGAUCUCCUGAGCUGGAUAUCUACCACGCGACAGCCAAGCGGUCUCCCGAGAUGGACAUUUACCACGCUACGGCCAAACGCUCCAAACGCUCACCAGAAAUGGAUAUUUACCAUGCCACUGCUAAGCGUUCUCCAGAGAUGGAUAUCUAUCACGCUACCGCUAAACGCUCACCGGAGAUGGACAUUUACCACGCGACCGCAAAGCGCUCCCCAGAAAUGGACAUCUAUCACGCUACUGCUAAACGAUCACCAAAGCCGGAAAUGGACAUCUAUCAUGCUACCGCUAAGCGCUCCCCAGCACCAGAGAUGGACAUCUACCACGCGACAGCGAAACGAUCCCCGGAGAUGGAUAUUUACCACGCGACGGCAAAGCGCUCUCCGGAAAUGGACAUCUACCACGCAACUGCCAAACGCCGCUAG